AUGCUCGAUAUGAUCAUCGCACGCGGUGUCCAGCAGGGCUUCGACCAUAUGGGCCUUAUCGCUGAUCAUCAGCGUCUCGCCUUCUACGAGUUCCUGCGGGCCAACGGCGCGGAUCUGUCGGAUAUUGUCGCGACCUUCGCCACCAUGACUAGCGCCGUCUGGUUGAUGUUCCCGACACCUACCAUGGUUUUCGCGGUUGAUCGGCCCGUGGCAGCGGUUGCAGAUGAAGAAGGGAUCAGGCUCGUAUUUUCGGACGACAGUCGUCUGUUGCUACCGCGCUUGGUCGGAGAUUGA